GACCUCUGAACCACUAGGAACAAAUCCGAGGAGAAUCGGCCCGGGAAGACGGUUGCUACGGCCGCCAUUACAACGCGCGCAAGAACGAACUUGUGCAGACUGUCGCACCGAGCUCCCGAUUUUGCCAUAAGAUCUAGGCAGCUUGAAGGACAGCCCAAAGACGGAUGUUUCCACCCUUGUUGAGACUGAAGUGCUGCAUUUUUUCCUGCACUGCCUGAAUAGCUGGAUUUGAGUACUGCCAGGAGAUGUAUGCUGUCUCUGUGCUGAUCUAUAACACUGGUUGCAGAAAUACUUCGGGUGGACUGUUUCGACGUCAUGGUCACAGUUCACACCAAGCAGUGCUAGCCUCUCUCUGUAGGCAGUGUUCGAGCAUUUAUAUAUAUUUCUGUCUCUCAACUUAUUUCCACAAACGCGACAGUGCUUCUGCAGUUCUUCCUGGUGGAAGUCCCUGUAUUUUUCUCCUAUGUAUAUACAAU